AUGGACUUAUUCAACUCGGCUCUCGGGAAGAACAUCACAUUUAGGCAUCCUGAUUAUUUCAUCAUAACUGGUUUUUCUGGCAUCCCAAAUGUGAAACAUUACUUUGUCUUUCUGCUUUUUGUCUAUGUUGUUUCAGUGGUGGGAAACACAGCGGUAAUGGUUGUAAUAUUCUUGGAUCACAACCUGAGAGGUCCAAAAUAUAUAGCAGUUUUCAACCUGGCAUUUGUGGACCUGUUUGGUAAUUCUGCCCUGGUGCCAAAGGUCCUUGACAUCUUCCUGUUCAACCAUCCUAACAUCCCCUACAACGACUGCUUGACGUUCCUUUUCUUCUGCUACACCUGCCUCACUAUGCAGGCGUUCAACCUGGUGGCUCUCGCUUACGACAGACUCAUUGCUAUUAUUUUUCCGCUGCACUAUCAAGUGAAAGUGACUCAGAAUUUCAUGCUGUAUUUGAUCGCUGCUUUCUGGGCUUUUGCGAUAAUUGCCGUUCUCAUCGCUGUUGGCCUCAUUACGCGACUUUCUAUCUGUGCGCCUGCGUUUGUUAACAGCUAUUUCUGUGACCAUGGCCAGAUAUACCGUCUGUCUUGCAAUGACCAUUAUCCCAAUUAUGUCCUCAGUUGUUUGUACCCUGUUCUUUUCUUCUGGAUUCCACUUGCUUUUAUCUUGAUAAGCUAUCUGUAUAUUGGCUGCACUUUGGCGAAAGUGGCGACGGUUCAUGAAGGACUCAAAGCCUUUAAGACCUGUAUCGGUCACCUUUCACUGGUAGCGAUCUAUUUCAUCCCAUCAUUAGUCACAUUUACACUGAUGGAAAAAAUACAACCUAAUGCCAGGAUUAUUAACCUGUCUCUGACCUCUGUGUUUCCUCCCAUGUUAAACCCCAUUGUUUACGUUCUGCAGACGCAAGAAAUCAAAGUAUCUUUGAAAAAGCUGCUAAACAUCAGAGGGAAAUCCAACAAAAUAAUUACAAUGUGA